GUUUCAUUGUGGGAGAAAGAAAAGGAAAACGAAAAUGGAGAGAAGUGAUGAAAGGUUUUUUAUUUUCAUUCUCCCACUGGUGGUUCUUGCACUGAGCUUGUGUGUGGCAAAGGUGGCGGAUGCAGCGGUGUCGUUGCCGAAGCCGGUGAAGUUGGAAUGGCAUUAUUAUAGGGUUCAGAACACGUGUCGCGAUGCCGAGGUUUAUGUAAGGCACCAAGUGGAGUUGGUGUAUAAAAAUGAUAAAAGUCUUCCGGCCAAGCUCCUCCGGUUGCUCUAUUCCGACUGCUUUGUCACUGGAUGUGAUGCGUCAAUUCUCCUGGAUGGGGAUUACUCAGAGAAAACCGCAAGACAAAAUUGGGGACUUGGAGGAUUCGAGUUAAUUAAUGAUAUCAAAACUGUUCUGGAAGACCGCUGCCCUGGAGUUGUUUCUUGUGCUGAUAUCCUCCACCUUGCCACCAGGGAUGCCGUUCAUAUGGCGGGUGCACCUGCUUAUCCUGUAUUCACAGGCAGAAGAGACGGUAUGACUUCAAACAGCGACUCUGUGGACCUCCCAUCGCCGUCCAUUUCAUUCGAUGAAACUUUGUCAUACUUCAAAUCCAAGGGCUUAGAUCUAUUGGACAUGGUAACUCUCCUAGGGGCACACUCAUUGGGGAGAACAUAUUGCCGACACGUGGUAGACCGGCUGUACAAUUUCAAUAAUACCGGAAAGCAAGAUCCAAGCAUGAACAAAACGAUCGCAACCCAGCUGAAAGCCCUCUGUCCACCCAGAGUUAAAAAGGGCCAAAGCGACCCACUGGUUUAUCUAAAUCCAGCUUCAGGUAAAAGUUACAGUUUCUCCAACACCUACUACUCUAGAGUUUUAUCCAGAGAAGCUGUCCUAGGAGUUGAUCAACAGCUAUUAUAUGGGAACAACAACACUCUUACAAUCGUUAAAGAAUUUGCUGCUGGUUUCGAAGAUUUUAGGAAAUCAUUUGCUCUAUCAAUGAGCCGGAUGGGAAGCAUUAAUGUUUUAACCGGGAAGCAAGGAGAGAUCCGCAAAAGUUGUCGAGUCAUAAAUAAAAAUUAAUAAGUCCAGUCCAGUGACUCGAUGAUCAAGUCGGAUUUAUCAUCAUAAAAUCAAAAUAUAAGUUCAUUUACAUGGAAUUGUUUUUGUGCUAGGAUACUGGAGUAAUCCAUAAAUAAAGAAAAGAGGAAAAAUCAAUUUAUAUAUUCACAAAUAAACUGUCAUGACAAAAUCUUCAACUAUGACAACUAUUUUCUUCUUUA